AUGGAGAGAUACCUCGUGCCGAGCGCAGCCGAUAGCGUCGUGGACAGAGGUAGAGGCCGCCCCCGUGGCAAGGCCCGAGCCCGCGGCAGUGGCGUGGCAGGGGCACAAGCCAAGGGCGGCUCUCGAGGCAGGGGCAGGGCCGCCGCGAAACUUCUGGUCCCUCCAAGCAGCCCUCCCGCAUCUGGCGGGUCAUCGCCGUCAUUGUCAUCGCACUCGGCGUCGCAGUGUGACAAGGAGGCGGCCUCCGCAGCCGACGAGCGGAGACGCGAAUCCGAGCUUGCCGCGCUGGCGCCCUCUGCAGCAACGGACAACGAGAUAGUGAUGGCAGGUGGCGCCACUUGCGGCGCCGGCCAAGUCGUGGUCGCCCCAGCCCUUGAGGUUUCGGCGACCGCAUCCCCAGUAGGCUCCUCAGCAGAGGGCGAGAGCGGGUCGCUGUCGCCGCCGCUUACAGUGGUGACCGACAUCGCACCUUCGUCGUCAGGGGCAGUGCCAAAGCAGGUCUUCGACAUUGACAUGGCACCCAGCGGGGUGGGCAUCGUCGCUGCGGGCCCGCCUGACGGUCAGCCUCAGAUUGCCGCGAGCGCUCAGACCGCCAGCUCGGGCGCCACCGUUGAGCCUCGGACCGCCGCGAGCACUCAGCCCGCCAGCGCUGGCGCCAUCGGCGUCGCUGAUGAACCGCCUCAGAAUCAGCCUCGGGCCGCCGCGCACGAUCAGCCAGCCAGCGCUGGCGCCAUCGUCGCCGUCGGCUUGCCCGAGAUUCAGCCUUGGGCCGCCGCCCCCGCAGCCAGGGAGGAGCACCCCCCAGCCAGUGCGGACGCAUCCGUCGGCAUUCCUGACAUGCAGUCUCAAGCCACCGCUGCGCCCGCUGCCCCUGCAGGGCCUUCGCAGCUAGCCGAUGCCUCAGGUGGCCGGGUGGCGUCGCCAGCGGAGAAGCGGAGGAAGAUCGAGCUUGCCGUUGCUGGCGGGGAUAACGAUGCGCUCUCUCUGUCCGAUCUCUCCGACGAGGUGAGUGCAUCCACGAGGGCCCAGUUGGGUUGCCCGCGAGGGAUCCAGGUGAGCGUUUCUGACGUGCCGCAGGGCUCCUCGCCGACGGAGAUGGCCGAUCUGCAGAGCCACCUUCGCAUCAUGGUUGACAGGCUGGACCCCGAGCUCCGCAUGAAGAUUUGCAACGGCCUGGAGAAGUGCGAGGCCAUCAUGGGGGAGUUGACUAUUGGCACUGUGUGUUCUGGGACCGACGUAGGUCACAGGCAUACUCGGGAGUACUCGGAAAGCCUCAGCUCGGGCGGUGAGUCUCGCAGCGAUUCUCGCAGCGACGGCUGCUGCAGUAUUCGCAUGAGUCACAGCGCUUGCGAGGCCGUAGUCCCAGAAAGGCUCGGCGCCAGCCGCUGCGUUCCCGACCAGGGCCAUGCGAUGGGCGCCGGCGUGGUGAGCGGCAAGGGCAGCGGCACGGCCGACAACGGCGGCAUUGGCAACGACAGCAUGAUGAUGCGCGACCUAGGCCAGACGAUCGGCGCCGGCGUGGUGACGGGCAAGGGCAGCGGCAUGGCCAACAACAGCGGCAGUGGCAACGAGAGCAUGAUGAUGUGCGACCAAGGCCAGACGAUCGGCGCCGGCGCGGUGACGGGCAAGGCGGGCAUGGCCAACAUCGGCGGCAGUGGCAACGACAGCAUGAUGAUGUGCGGCAACGGCAGCCCGAUGAUGCACAACGCCAUGGGGUUGGCCAAGAUGAUGGGCAGCGGCGAUUGGGUGCUCAUUCCGCGAAUGAUGCCUGGCGGCGACCAGGUUGUCGGUGGCUGCGGCGGCUUUGGCAUGGGCGUCAAUGGCCUCGGCUUGCCCAAGAUUUGGAGCGGUUUGCUCAGCUGCAAGGCCGUGUCAGCCAUUGCCUCUGACAUGUUCCACACCAAUAUCACUUUCCGCCACGUCUUUGCGUGCGAGUUGGUCAAGUGGAAGCGCGACUUCAUCAUGCAACAUCACCAGCCCGAAGCGAUGUAUGCGGAUCUCGAGGAACUUAUCACGGUGGACUUGCCAAAAAACGUUCUGACAGGCGAGGGAAAGGCAGUUGAGAGAGUUCAUAUUUUUGUGACAGGGUUCGAAUGCGAUUCCAUCGCGAGCUAUAACAAGAAAAGGGGCAGCUACAUCGGCACUUGCAUCCAGGCCGCAAAAGGUAAGACUGGCAAGACAGGGGCAAUGACCUUGAAACUUAUCGCUAAGCUUCUCCCGUGGAUUGUUAUCUUGGAGAAUGUGAAAAACCUACUCAACGGCUUAGAGGGCAAGACGCAGAAGGACAUUCACAACAUCUUGGACAUCCUUCAGGACCUCGGGUACAUCGUCCGGAUCAAGCUGCUUUGCCCCGCCACGUUUGGGGUGCCCAUGUACCGCGCGCGGGCGUACAUCAUUGCGUUCAGGGUUGCCGGAGAUGGAGGGGCCCCCUUGCCCAGUAGUUUCCCGUGGGUGACCGAUUUCGGUUUGGUGCUGGACAAUUUGCAUAUGCCAAUGGCCCCGCUGUCUGAUUUCCUCCUUCCAGAUGACCACCCUUCCAUAGCCAAGUGGCACAGCGAUAUUGGCAAGGACGAGAAGACCGAUGGGGAGCCAGGGAAGUACAGGUAUGAGGUCGACCACAUGGAGGAGCGCGCUUUCCUACACCACCUCGACGCUGCCAACGUUGAGGGAGAGACUGCGGUGGAUCUGAAUAACAGCAUGGAUUAUGUUUUGGGCGCGAAGCCAGAUGUCAUAUUCGUUCUGGCAUCGACGAGCAGGCCGUGGUUGCGAUUGAGGACUCGGUGCAUCACCGGGGAGGAAUGCUUGCACCUGCAGGGUUUCGAUUACCGCGAGCAGAUAUUGAACGACGGCAAGAUCAGCUUCGACAACCCGAAGUGUUUCGACCUGGCUGGCAACAUGUUCAACGGCUACGUGGUGGCGGGCCUCAUGCUCUCGGUCACGUCCCAGGUCGAUUGGGAGCUCCUCAGGGAUAUUUGGCGGGCGCAGCAGGAGCGCAGCAACUGGGGCGAGGAUCCGUGCAGUGCUGGCGUGCGAAUCAAGUGGGAGCGAGGAGAUGGUCGAGGGUCGGCUUGCUGGUAUUGCUAUCGGACUUGGUUGGCUUUCGCCGAUGAGUUCGAGGGAGGCGCGGACGCCGACAAGACUGAGUUCGCCUCGGCGCUGGCGACAGACAUGGACAAGCUUUCGAAGUUCCAGGGCCACCUCAACAAGUUCUACAAGCGCAUCGCCAGCGGCAACAAGACUGGCAUCGACAGGAGGGAUCGCAUCGCCAAGAAGGAGUUGACGAGUGCCAAGACAGCGACGGUGGAGGCCGAGGCCCCGCCCGACGACUGCCUCCCACUGGCCGAGUACGCGAGUCUCCACGGUGACCCGAACGCUCCAGAGAAUAAGAAGCGCGGCCACUACGUGGUCGAGCUCGGCGGCGGCCUCCUUGCAGUGGGGAUGCCAGUGGUGAGACAGAAAGGGGAGCCGUGGAAGAUCCGGAGGAAGUUCGCCAACACGUUGGCUCGCGUGGACACCUUGGAGGACGGCAACUCCGAGGGGCUUGCAGACGACGACCAGGCAGAUAAAAGGUACGAGGCAGGCGUCCAGGCGAUGCAGAGCGAGUACGCCCAGGCUACUUCAGGCAUGUCUCUGGCAGAUCUGAUGAAGGAGAUGUCAGACAAGGCACAGGCAGAGGAGGACAACAACGAGGAUGCCGUCGACGAGAUUGCCGAGGGCAGCGACCAGGAGCCCAGCUCCCGCCCCGCCACAGCGUCAGACGCCGCUCCCGCUGCGGCCUCCGCGGCUGCUGUGGAGUCGCCCAUGCCGAAGGCUGGUCAGGAGGCGCCUGGCACGCCCAGCGCUGGCGAGAGCCCUGGACAUGGGCCAGAAUGGUCUGCUACUGUGUCGCCAGGGCACUUGGGGCCGCCAGGGAAGCCCCCCGCAGCGUUUCCAAAAGAUGAAGCAGCGAAAGUGUCACUCGGUCGGGGUCGCAAGCCAAAGACGGCCGCGGACUAUCUGGAUACCAUCAAGGACAUGUGGGAGACGGGGGAUGAGGGUUGCCAGAUGUUCGGGCCCCAGCGCGAGAACUCUGUGCGGAGCGUCCGCAGGUACGUCGACAAAUCCAAAGUCGAGCAUCUCCAGGCGAAGGAUGACACCGCCAGGCUCCACAAGUCGAUCCAGACGAAGAGCUUGCAGCUCAUGGAGCAUGGCAUCGCCAUGUACUCGGCCUGGUCCUCACGUCGUACGCUCCAGCAGGGCAUCGCAUCCUUCAACAGCGCCUGGGUUAAGUUGACGACAUUCGCUACCUCGGACCCUCGGGUCGCUUUCGAAUCAUCAUUCUUGCUUCAGCUGAGGCUCAAGGUGUUGGCCUACGACGUUUUCAAUUCCGAGGUUGUGCUGAAAGACCAUCUUACUCCACGCGCGCUUCGGUCUUUCUUGGGCAAGCACUGGCCUAUUGACGGCAUCGAACGAUCCAUCGUGAACUUGGCCUUGGUCACGGCCCUCGAGUCGUCAGGGCCCAGCGGCGAGGUGCUGGACAUUCUUUGCCGCGUGACGUCCCGCUUCCAGGUUGACGACUCCGACUCGCCUCCUGAGGACAAGAUCGACCAGGUCUUGGUGAAGGAGCUCGUCCAGCUCAAAGCGCUCCUGGAGUGCAACAACGUCGCUGCCAUCGAGGAGGCGCUGACGCACGUCCCCGACUCAAGAAAGUCAGCCAGCAAGAGCAACCACCUCUUGGGCCUCCUCGUGCGCUACCCCAAUCACGGCGGCGUGGUUCUUUCGAAUGCCAAGUCCAGCCUGGAUCACGUGAGCGCCGUCAUGGAGAGGGCCCGGGAGAUCGCCAGCCACACCUUCGCCUUGAAUGCCAAGCUCAGCGCUGCGAAAGAGAACCUGGCAGAGGGCCAGGAGCUCGCCCUCUCGGUCAUCGUGGACUUGCUGGGCCACUGGGUGGAGCGCGAUCAUGCGGCCCUGGGAGGUUUCAUGCAGACGCUGUCGCCGGGCGACAAAUCAGAGCUCGAGGGGCAUUCUCAAAACAUCUUCGACGAAGCAAUGUCCGCAUCCCACGAGGGCUACAUCUUGAUGUUCAGAGGGGUCGCGCGGAUCUGGGCCACAGACUUCGCGCUCAUCGAGGGGGGGGCCUGCCGGGAGCGCUUGCAGUCGUUGGUGGAUUCGAAGCAUUGCGAGACUAUGCGUGACGUCGCCGCUCGCUUCGUCUCCAUGGAGUGGACGGCGAAUCGUUUGGAGUCGGCGCUCGAGUCUUUGAUUGAUGGGAGCUCUUCGGACAACCCGAAGCAUUGCAGCAUGUCUGGUUUCUUGUGCUGGUACAACGCCGUCCCCGUCAUGAUCCAGGUCAUCGAUGGCGCGAUGGAUUCGCUUACCUUGGAGGCUGGCGCGAACGUCAUGAGCUUGGGCGACACCUUCGGCCAUCUUGCCCAGCUCGACGGCGCUGAGAGUAUCGACUGGAUGCCCGUGCAGAAGUGGUGGGAGUCAAGUGGCAUCCCAACGAAGGUCUCGGAGACCAUCAACAAGGACAGAGCCGCCUUGUGCGCCCUCAUGGACGACGCCCGCCUGGCGGCCAGCAGGGCGUUCGACUUGAUGAUCCCAGAGAUCGUCGAGCCAGAGAGAUUGGAGAUCGACGUCUCCAAGUUCGACGUUGGCGACGCAGUCGAGAAGCUCAGGAAGUUGGACGGGUUCCACGCAGCGGCCAUCGUUUCGAACGAUGUGUUGCUGCGCAUCGCUCGUUCGGCCGCUGCGACCGUGGCGUUCGAGCGGGCCCGCCUGGGCAUGAGCGCGGCGGACAUCGUCUCGGAGCUGACGGCCGUCAAGGAGGUGGCUUCCGGCGCCCAGCACGCGAGGAGCCAGGUCCUCACGGUGCCCGAGGAGACGCUGGCCACCGUGCCGGAGCAGGGGGCGCAGCUCAACUUUUUGGCCGAGAAGGCUGAGCUCGCCUUCAAGCAGGCGUCCAUCAGGUUCUGCGCCGAGUUCGCCGCCGAGAGCGCCCUGCCCGACCUGACUAAGAAGCUGAUUGACUUCACGCCGCCGAGCACCACCGUCGAGUCCGCGAAGAUCCUCGCGACUGGGCGAUACCAGGACCAGGUGCUGCGGAACCCGCAUCGCGAAUCCAUGUUGGCGAUGUGCAACCAGGUCUCCGCGGUCAUCACCAACGUGGAGACGCUGGCCAAGAUGGGCUACGCGUUCAACGACGCUGUGGUGAGCAACGCCAAGAACGCCAAGGCGCUCGCCAAGCGGGCGACGGGCGUGAGGUUCGCGGUCAAGCAGCUCGUCAAAGCCACGGCGGACGGGUUGAGCGGGGCGGCGCUGGCAGGCGUCUUCGCCGACCUCGAGGACAUCGGUGGAUGCCAACUUCAGGUGCUUGCGGUGGCGGGCAUCGUGACGGGCAACCAGUGCCGCUUCACGAACCUCGACUGGACCGUGGACGGCAACGAGCUGGCGCAGAAUUUGGGCAUCGAGCGCGUGGAGGUGAUCAACGACUUCGUGGCCCAGGGGUACGGCACCCUGACCCUCGGCGACGAGGACCUGGUGGAGCUGAGCCCCGGCAUCAAGCCGCGCGCCGGCGCGCCCAUUGCGUGCAUCGGGGCCGGCACCGGCCUAGGUCAGUGCUUCCUGACGGCCGACCCCAACGGCCAGUACCAGUGCUACCCCAGCGAGGGCGGGCACCAGGAGUUCGCCCCGCGGGGCCGCGGCAACUGCGAGGAGCAGAUGGACAUGCUGAGGUACUUGAAGAUCAAGCUCUCGGGGGACGGGGGCGGAUUUCUCCUGCUCCUGUCGAGGAGCAAGGUCGAGGCCAAGCCUCUGUGUCCGCGCUGGGGCGUCCGCAGGAUGCACAGGCGGGUGAACCUCGCUCAUGCCACGUCCACAGUGCCAGCACAUUCAAGGAUCAUCCCGACGCGAGUUUGAAAACACCCAGGGCCAGGGCUGGGACCAAGCAUUGUGGUGGUCACAGAUGGUCGUCAUGCGUGUCAGGUCCAGC